CUUAAAAUCCUGCCUCUUAGAAUAGAACAAAACUCACCCAAAAUUCGGCCCUGUUUCUUUUGUUUGAAUCAUGGCCAAAGAAGCUAAAAAGAUGUGCAAUGAUUUAGAUAGAAUUAGUAAUCUACCAGACUGUCUUCUUCAUCGAAUCCUCUCAAACUUGGAUACUAAACUUAUCGUUAAAAGUUCCUUUCUAUCUACAAGAUGGAAACAUAUUUGGGCACAAACUCCAUUCCUCAAUUUUAGGUUUCAUAUGGAUCCUUUUUAUGAACUUUCCUUCCCCUGCUUGCAAGUGCAAGUCUCGAUAUUCCUGGAUUUUGUUGAACAAGUCUUGCACCGCCGAGAACCUAAUAAAUUAUUCAAGUUUGAAUUUAUUUUACCCAAUGUGGGAAUCGAUCCAAAAGUUAUGGAGUCUAUAUUGUCAUACGUUAUGAACUUAAAACCAGAAGAAGUCACAUUUCAAGUCGAAACUUACAACUCCAUAUCUAUGGAAUUACCCGAAUGUUUUUACGUUAACGAAUCUCUUGAAAAACUACAACUAACUGCUUCUUGGGUAACUUUUUCCAACCCUAAUGGUUUCCUUACACUAAAAGAACUUAGACUUCAUGAUCUGAAUGAAAAUGGCCGUAAAUCGGGUGAUUCUUCUCAUUAUUGUUCUAAAAGAAUAAUAUUUUGUCCUGAUUUUUUCUCAAAAUGUCCUGUUUUAGAAGUUCUGAGCUUUUCAGACUGUGAUUUAAGUACCUCGGUGUUGACAGUGUCAUCUCCCACACUUAAAAAGUUGGAGAUUGUGAACUCGUUGUUUAGUAAACUAGUUGUUUCAUCACCCCUUCUUGUUUACUUUAAAUAUGAAGGUGCUGAACCGAUGAACUUGUACAUGAAUGGUGAUCAUCGUAUGCUCGAAGAAAUAGAUAUCGAUGUCAAAAGUUAUUGUCAAAGAUAUGGCAGUAAAAAUCUUUUUGACAUGCUUAGACAAGUCGAGAGUGCAAGAUAUGUUUCUGUGUCCAUGGACACUGUCAAGGCACUCGCCGCGGAUGGUAGAAGAAUUGAAAAUGAGCCAUCUCUGUUUCCUAAUCUAAAGAAUUUAAAUGUGAAGACUGAUUGGACAGUGAAUGAAUCAGGAUUGAAAUUUCUACUGUCAAAUUCAGCAUCAGAUGUUGAGACUCUAAUUGAAGUGCCAAAGUCAUUAAGGUCAAGAUUGGAAACCUUCACCAUAAUUUGAAUUGCUUCUUGCCUCCCACAACGAAAAAAAAUGAAGAAAGUGUAGGACAAAUUGUUUUGCUGCCAAAGAGAAUUUGAGAAGGAGGCUAAGGAAACUUGUGGGGAUGUCCGCACAAUGGUGGUUGACGAAUGACGAGGAAGACUAGGGUUUUUUUUUAAAAUAAAAUAAUGUAAUCUCUCAUUAUGACUUAAUUAUUUUUGAGCAAGUCCAUGAGUUUGUUUCGGAAUUUUUGAUGAAGGAUAAACCUACAUGAACGUAUUAUAUAGGUUUAUAAACGUUUUUUGUUUA